GCCACAUUCAUGUUCUGUGUGUGGAAAGAGGUUUUCCCAGCUGUGUAGUUUACAAGUACAUCAAAGAAUUCAUACUGGUGUAGGAGUUCAUAUGUGCUUUGAGUGUGGGAAGACUUUUACUACAGGGAGAGAAUUAAAACGACACCAGAGAAUUCACACUGGAGAAAAACCUUACAAUUGUUCACACUGCGAUAAGAGAUUCCGUCAGUCAUCAAAUCUAAAAACACAUGAGAUAAUCCACACUGGAGAAAAACCUUACAAGUGUUCACACUGUGACAAAAGAUUCAAUCUGUCAUCAACUCUGAGAAAACACAAGACAAUCCACACUGGAGAAAAACCUUACGAGUGUUCACACUGUGACAAGAGAUUCCGUCUGUCAGCAAUUCUGAAAACACAUGAGAAGAUCCACACUGGAGAAACACCUUACAAGUGUUCACACUGUGACAAGAGAUUCUGGCAGUCAUCAAAUCUGAAAACACAUGAGAUGAUCCACUCUGCAGAAAAACCUUACAAGUGUUCACACUGCGACAAGAGAUUCAAUCAGUCAUCAUAUCUGAAAAAACAUGAGAUGAUCCACACUGGAGAAAAACCUUACAAGUGUUCACACUGUGACAAGAGAUUCAAUCAGUCAUCAGGUCUAAAAAAACAUGAGAGGAUCCACACUGGAGAAAAACCUUACAAGUGUUCACACUGUGACAAGAGAUUCAGUCGGCCAUCAAAUCUGAAAACUCAUAAGAGGGUCCACACUGGAGAGAAACCCUACAAGUGUGAUCAGUGUGGGAAGAGCUUCAGGCUUCAUUGGCCUUCCUGUUUAAAACGGCACCAGAGGAUUCACUCUGGAGAAAAACCUUACAAGUGUUCACACUGCGACAAGAGAUUCAGUCAGUCAUCAAAUCUGAAAAAACAUGAGAUGAUCCACACUGGAGAAAAACCUUACAAGUGUUCACACUGUGACAAGAGAUUCAAUCGAUCAACAAAUCUGAAAGUACAUGAGAGGACCCACAGUAGAAAGAAGCCGCACACAUGUGAUCAAUGUGGAAAGAGUUUUGUGGAAAGAAGUCACCUGAAGCGACACAUGAAGAUCCACACCGGAGAGAAGCCAGAGUACGUGUGCUUUGAGUGUGGGAAGACUUUUGUUUUAGAAAACGGUUUAAAACUGCACCAGAGAAUUCACACUGGAGAAAAACCUUACAAGUGUUCACACUGCGACAAGAGAUUCAGUCAGUCGACAGAUCUGAAAACACAUGAGAGGAUCCACACUGGAGAAAAACCUUACAAGUGUUCACACUGCGACAAGAGAUUCAGUCAGUCGACAGAUCUGAAAACACAUGAGAGGAUCCACACUGGAGAAAAACCUUACAAGUGUUCACACUGUGACAAGAGAUUCAGUCACUCAUCCGAUCUAAAAACACAUGAGAGGAUCCACACUGGAGAAAAACCUUACAAGUGUUCACACUGUGACAAGAGAUUCAGUCACUCAUCCUAUCUAAAAACACAUGAGAUGAUCCACACUGGAGAAAAACCUUACAAGUGUUCACAAUGUGACAAGAGAUUCAGUCACUCAUCCUAUCUAAAAACACAUGAGAGGAUCCACACUGGAGAAAAACCUUACAAGUGUUCACACUGUGACAAGAGAUUCAGUCAGUCGACAGAUCUGAAAACACAUGAGAGGAUCCACACUGGAGAAAAACCUUACAAGUGUUCACAAUGUGACAAGAGAUUCAGUCACUCAUCCCAUCUAAAAACACAUGAGAGGAUCCACACUGGAGAAAAACCUUACGAGUGUUCACACUGUGACAAGAGAUUCAGUCAGUCAUCAACUCUGAAAAAACAUGAGAUUAUCCACACUGGAGAAAAACCUUACAAGUGUUCACACUGCGACAAGAGAUUCAGUCUGUCAGCAUCUCUGAAUACACAUGAGAAGAUCCACACUGGAGAAAAACCUUACAAGUGUUCACACUGCGACAAGAGAUUCAGUGUGUCAUCUUCUCUGAAAAAACACGAGAGGAUCCACAGCAAAGAGAAACUACACACGUGUGAUCAGUGUGGAAAGAGUUUCUCUUUUAAAAGUCACCUGAAGCAACACAUGAAGAUCCAUACAGUGGAGAAACCAGUUAAUUCCAGAAACAUGUACAUGUGCUUUGAGUGUGGGAAGACUUUCAUUUCAGGAAAUAGUUUAAAACAUCACCUGAUAAUUCACACUGGAGAAAAACCUUACAAGUGUUCACACUGCGACAAGAGAUUCAGUGUGUCAUCCUAUCUGAAAACACAUGAGAAGAUCCACACUGGAGAGAAGCCGCACACGUGUGAUCAGUGUGGAAAGAGUUUUGCUUGUAAAAGUCACCUGAAGCGACACAUGAAGAUCCACACUGGAGAGAAGCCGUUUAAGUGUGAUCAAUGCGGGAAAGAUUACAGUCAAUAUUCACACCUUAAAGAACACAUAAAUAUCCACACCGGAGUGAAGCCGUUUACAUGUGAUCACUGCGGAAAAACAUUUCUUAGGGCAUCAGAGCUGAAGAGACACCUGAGAAGGAUCCACACUGGAGAAAAACCUUACAAGUGUUCAAACUGUGAAAAGAGAUUCAGUCUGUCAUCCUAUCUAAAAACACAUGAGAGGAUCCACACUGGAGAAAAACCUUACAAGUGUUCACACUGCGACAAGAGAUUCAGUGUGUCAUCCUAUCUGAAAACACAUGAGAAGAUCCACACUGGAGAGAAGCCGCACACGUGUGAUCAGUGUGGAAAGAGUUUUGCUUGUAAAAGUCACCUGAAGCGACACAUGAAGAUCCACACUGGAGAGAAGCCGUUUAAGUGUGAUCAAUGCGGGAAAGAUUACAGUCAAUAUUCACACCUUAAAGAACACAUAAAUAUCCACACCGGAGUGAAGCCGUUUACAUGUGAUCACUGCGGAAAAACAUUUCUUAGGGCAUCAGAGCUGAAGAGACACCUGAGAGUUCAUACGAAGGAGAAGCCGCAUUCAUGUUCUGUGUGUGGAAAGAGUUUUUCACUGCUGCAAUAUUUACAUAAACAUGACAAAACUCACACUGGUGUGAGAGAGUACGUGUGCUUUGAGUGUGGGAAGACUUUCGUUUUAGAAAACGGUUUAAAACUGCACCAGAGAAUUCACACUGGAGAAAAACCUUACAAGUGUUCACACUGCGACAAGAGAUUCAGUCAGUCGACAGAUCUGAAAACACAUGAGAGGAUCCACACUGGAGAAAAACCUUACAAGUGUUCACACUGUGAAAAGAGAUUCAGUCACUCAUCAUAUCUAAAAACACAUGUGAGGAUCCACACUGGAGAAAAACCUUACGAGUGUUCACACUGCGACAAGAGAUUCAGUGUGUCAUCAACUCUGAGAAAACAUGAGAGGAUCCACAGCAGAGAGAAACCGCACGCGUGUGAUCAGUGCGGGACGAGUUUCUCUUUUAAACGUGACCUGAAGCAACACAUGAGGAUCCAUACUAUGGCUGUCAAUCUUCCUCUAUAAUACUAUUCGAAUUCCAUUCCUUAUUUUAUGUAAUAUUCGAAUAAUAUUCGAAUAUUAAAUGCUCAAAUUUAUCCUAUUAUUAAUAUUUACGACAUUACACAUUCUUAUGGAUCGUCAAUGCCACUAUAGCCUGUGGUUGUUGUUACACGUUUGGCCCACUAGAGGGACAUCUAACAUUACUACAAUAAACAUUUAGGGGCUGUUUACAC